AUGGCGGCGUCAGCCGUGUCCUAUAAGGAGCGGCAGCUCCUUGCUGUUAUUGGCGAUGAAGACUCGGUGACUGGUCUUCUUCUCGCCGGCAUUGGUCAUGUCACAGACGGUCCCGAUGCGCAGCGGAAUUUUCUCGUUGUAGAUUCGAAAACCGAGACCUCGACAAUCGAAAAUGCGUUCCGCAAUUUGACCCAAGAAAGGAAGGAUAUUGCCGUGGUCCUCAUCAACCAACAUAUCGCAGAGCGCAUCCGACACAGCGUCGAUACCUUUGCCGACCCAUUCCCCGCCGUUCUCGAGAUUCCCAGCAAAGACCAUCCCUACGACCCUGAGAAGGACAGUGUGCUUAAGCGGGUGCGGCGUCUGUUUGGAGAAUAA